AUUAACAUAACCCAGCCAUAUCACUGUCCUCCAAUCAGACAACAAACCCAACUUCCAAAUCCAGUGAUUGACAUUUAGCGUUGUUCAAAAUGAGGUGGGAUUUAAAAAGAAGAGCAAAUUAUACAGAUACAUUACACAAGUAUUAACGAGCAGGCUUUAAAGAAGAUUGUAUUUUGAAUAAUAUUUUUCAGAUUCUCGUAUUGAACACAGCAUUUCUGUUGUACGAUGGCAAACAGAGAUUGGAAACUUCCAAAUGAGAACGUUUUGAAACAACAGGAGGAUGUUCUCUACCACAUUGGCUUCACAACAAAGGACGAUCUCCCGAAGCUUUUUGGGGAUGUUAAGUUUGUGUGCAUGGGAGGUAGUGCAGGCAGGAUGCACCAGUUUGCGAAGUUCAUGCAGAUGGAACUCAACAAGAAUGGUGAUCUACAAGACUUGUGCAGCACCGAUCGGUUCUCCAUGUACAAAGUGGGUCCAGUGCUGGCCGUCAAU